GUAAGCUAUGCUACAGAGCCUUUUGCCACGCCUACUGGGGCUGUAAAAAGAUUGAUUGUAAUGGGUGCAUUGGGAAAUUUAAAGAUAUCAACUUCGGGAAGAAGUGUCUACCAAAUCUCAUCCUUGAUAACCACCAUGAAUCUGACAUUUUUAAAAAUUAUUUGGAAAAGAGUAACCUAAGUGUGAAGUAUGUACUGGACCAGUGUCUUGCUAAAGUUGAUACCGGAGAAUUUACCUUCAGAGAUCCUACAGCAGUACCAAUAAAUGGUGACACCCCCCUCUGUUACCCAUGUGCACUAAGGAAAUUUAAAGACUUGGCUUACCUCUUCCGGUUCAGUAUUCCAAAGGCCAAUUUACCUGGUGAAGUGACAGCUAGACCAGAUUGUCAUUGGGGGAAAAACUGUCGAACACAGCGCCACAACAUCAACCACGCACAGAGGUUUAAUCACGUCUGUGACCAAACGAGACUGACAUAAUGUUUAGGAUGAAGUUACAAUGUGUUGAACCAUGGUGACUAGAACAUUUUUAGAAAGCUCCAACGUUUGGAUUUGGUGUUUGAUAUGAAAGUACAUGUACACGAGAGAAAGGGGUGGAGUUAUGUCUAAGGUUUAACAAGUUAUUAAUGAGUGAGGUCAGAGGCAUGUCUUCAUUACGAUUGGGUUCAUGUAGUUAUUGAAUGAGUGUCAGAUGCUGUUUUAAGUAUCUUAAUUAUUGAGAUGGAUGCUGAGGUUUGUCUUAAUAUGGUUGCUUUUACCUGUAAUUUGUGAGAGACAAGCAAAGGUCUGUCUAUGGAUGAUUGGUUUACCAUGUCAGUAUGAACCAGAGAGCAGAGGAGAGAGGCUGAUACCUGCUUAAGCAUGAACUGGGUUUGCAUAUUAUCAAUGAGAAACUGAGAUUUGUCAAGAUCUGAUGAUUUAACAUGUAUUGGACUGGUUUGAAGGUGUGAACAUGAUAAAAAUGAACUGUCAUGUAGACUAUGUCCUUACAUUUAGCAUUUAAACGCAGACUUGAGGUAGAAUUUGUUGUUGAUGAUAUGAAAAAAAUACUUUAUAUUUGGUUAAAAUAUGAUUGUGAUGUCAAAAGAAAUAAAACUGUAAAAAACAAAUAGGAAGUAAUGUGUCACUUUUAAUAGUGUUAUAUUAUGUGUGAAUGUUGUCAUCUUUCAUUGAAUCAGUUUUUAAUUUGAAUUCAUAUUUUAAUAUCAUCUUACAUUGUACCUGACUAAAAUUGACAAUAUAAAAUAUCAAAGCAGCGUCAAGUCGUUCAAAGUCUGUAAUGCGCAUGCGUUGUUUGUACCAUCAACAAGAAGUGUGUUGGUAAACCAAACAUUUUGUCGGUUGUGUAUUGUUGUAUAUAACUAAUAUAAUUGUUAUCAAGUUGACUCCUUUGGACAUUAUUAUGUUGAUCAGAGAAGUUGGAUUCCGUCUUUGCGUAUUGCAGAGUUAUCUUCUCUUGGGAACAGGUAUUGAUUGUUACGUCAUCUGUU